GCUGCCCCCGCCAUGAAGAUCGUGCUUUUCAUUGCCCUGUCGGCCGGGGUAUCGGCGAGGGGCGCGCCCCUGCAAGGACCGCCCGUGAACCUCCCGCCCAGCAACCAGAUUUCUCCGGACUCGGCGGGCGCCCGCAGAUCGGACUUGGAAGCCGCGAACGGAAUCGUGUUCCACUUCUCUGGCUCGGAAGGCGUCGCUGACGGAGGCAACUUGGCCGGAAUAUGGAGGUAUCCCCUCGAAGACGGCAGCGUAGCCUCGUUCAAGUUCGUGGCCGACGAGGACGGCUUCCAGCCCGAGUCGUCCCUCCUGCCCGUGGCCCCCGCCUUCCCCCACCCCAUUCCCCAGUUCGUCCUCGACCAGAUCGAGUUCGCCCGCCUCGAGGACGAGCGCUGGGCUUGAAAUUAAAGUUAAUGAUAAUCUGAAUGAGAAAAUGCGGAUGUGUUAUGCAUGAGUGAGGGUGAGUUGUUAUCGCUUUUCUUUACAAAUAAAUGAAAAUAAAAAGUAGACAGAAAA